GAGUAGAAGAAGAAGAGGGGAAAGUGGGAAGGGAAGAAAUAGAGGAGGAAAGCAGGGAGGGGAAGGAGUGUUGCAGGGCCAGGAGCCCCGCCGUCAGUCGCCCAGGAGCCACGAGAUGCCUAACACCCCUGUGCCGCGCGCGGGAAGAGGGCGGGAAAGGAGGGACAGCGCCACACCCCCUCGCCCUGCCCCGGAUGACACGUUGCGGCGAACGACGGAGCGAGUGCAGGGGCGUGGGAGAGGGAAAGAUGUGAGGAAAGAUGGCGGCAGUUCCCUUGCCGACGUGGGCGGCGCGCCUGCUGAAGGCCGGGGCGUUGCAGGGCGCGGCAGACGAGCAAAGGGCGGGUCCAAGAUCACACUUUCUGCGAUUCCGGAAUGCCCUGGACAGGACGGAGAACCAAGCCGCGGAAGGCGCAGCCCUAGUGACGCACCCGCAGGCUCCCUUGCAGCCAGCGCUGACGAAGUCCCGACUCGCAAGACACCUGUCGAUCCCAAAACCUCAGAGGACUUCGAAAGACACGACGCGAAGGAGACCCCCGCGGCCCAAGGGCGCCCUCAAGGGCAUCCUGCGGCUCGAACAGCGUCGGAAUCCCGCCGUGGCAGGAUCGUCGCCACGCUGCCAUGCCCGGCUGAGCUCCUGCGCCCUGCCCCAAGGCCGCCCCGGCGCCUGGGCCUCCGCGGCGCCUGCACCAACUUCGACUUCGCCAAGUACAUGGACAAGUGCGUCAUGGUGAAGCUUAAUGGUGGCCGCAUCGUCAAGGGGACCCUCAGAGGCUUCGACCCCUUCAUGAACCUCGUGGUGGAUGAUGGUGUGGAAGCACGUAGGAGUGGUGACUGUGCAAGAAUUGGUAAUUCGAGGUAGUAGCAUCAUCAUGGUGGAAGCACUAGAUCGGAUAUUGUAAUCCAUAUUUAUAAGGUUCAUUUGGUAACUUUAGCGUGUGAGAAGAACAAAGGAAGAACACGCGUGUGUGAAAAGCUACUGGAGUUUUCUUUUGGUCGUAAGUGGUCUCUUAUGACGAGAAAUUUACUAGCGAGAUAUUUUUGUGUGUUUUAUGUGUUAGGAAUAAAAGAAUUAUCAUUAUCAUUACCAAAUUGUCAUACUUUAAAAUGUGAAUAAUUUUACUUUUCAAUUUUCUCCAUAAAACACAAGUUAAGGAUGAAGUAAAACAUUACAUUAAAUAUUGAGCAUUUUUUGAGUAUAUGACAAUACAUGAGCACCAGUAAUGGUUGUGAACCUACAACCAUGUUGAGUAAAAAGCUUUGUACAAAUAAGUUUCACAGGUUUUACACUCCACAUUGUAUAAUCUGUAGGCAUAACAUUUAUAUUUUAUUUACAUAAUAUACACAGGUUCUUUAUAUUAAUUAAUUUAUGUAUUGCACAGACAAGGCACUGAUUGCAAUAUUUCUGGCACUUAAUUUGUGAAAUGAAAGAUUUAGAAGACAAAAAAAAUUAACAAGAGGGAUGGCAGAAGCAUUUUGAUCCUUUCUUUCUUAUGUACAAAAUUGGCACUUUAACACCAGUAAUUGAAGUUCUCAUACUGUACUCAUGGAUUCUUGUGCUGUGUUAUCAUCUCUGAAAAUAUACUUAAUAUCUAGCUUCA